AAAGGGAAAAUAAAGUGUUAGUUCUGUCUACUCAAAAAUGGAGUCUUUGUUUUUCGAUGGAAAAUUCUGAUAUGAAUCUCUCCACGCCAUCUUCGCUCUCUGCGUCGUCGCAGACGGCGGCUUCGUCGGGAAAUUCUUGGUUUUCCGGCAUUGUGCGUGGCCGGUCUGCCUCCGGUAAGAUGACAAACAAGUCCUCCGCCGCCGCCGCCGUUGGCGACGGCGUCGGAGUUGGUGCUGGACCCAUUAACAAGAAGCAUCAAUUUCGUGGGGUGAUGUUUAAGUACGGGCCAAAGUCAGUUCAGGUUGCAUUCAAAACAGGUGACUAUAAACAGCAAGUUAUUUUCAUUGGUGGGCUAACAGAUGGAUUUUUGGCCACUGAAUAUUUGGAGCCUCUUGCAAUUGCUUUGGACAGAGAGCAUUGGUCAUUAGUUCAAUUUCUUUUUUCAUCAUCGUAUGCAGGAUAUGGCAUCUCAAGUUUGAAACAAGAUGCCAUGGAGCUUGAUCAGUUGAUAAGUUACCUGAUAAACAAGGAAGACUCUGAAGGUGUGGUGCUACUUGGACACAGUACUGGCUGCCAGGAUAUCGUGCAUUACUUGCGUACUAAUGCAGCCUGUUCAAGAGCAGUCCGCGCAGCCAUUUUACAGGCUCCAGUCAGCGACCGUGAAUACAAAGCCACUCUCCCGGAAACUGCUUCCAUGAUUGAUUUGGCUUCAAAGAUGAUAACUGAAGGUAGAGGAUCAGAACUGAUGCCCCGAGAAGCCAAUCCAGAUGCCCCGAUUACGGCCGAUAGAUACCAUUCGCUCUGUGCAUACAAUGGUGACGAUGACAUGUUCAGUUCCGACUUUAAUGAAGAUCAGUUGAGACAGAAACUUGGCCACAUGUCUAACACACCCACCCUGGUCAUGUUUUCCAUGGCUGACGAGUUCGUACCAGAAUACGUGGACAAGAAAGCUCUGGUCAACAGAUUGUGUCGAGCAAUGGGGGGCGCAGAAAAAGUUGAAGUCGAAUAUGGAAGCCACUCGCUGUCUAACAGAGUCGAGGAAGCUGUCAAAGCCAUAAUAGAUUUCAUCAAGAGAGACGGACCCAAAGGAUGGGACGACCCAUGGAGUUAGUAUCAUUCCUUCAAGUACUUUCUGCUACUCCUUUGGUUACUCAGCUUCCUUUCUUGGUUUCUCCAUAUUCAGAUACAUAAUCCUCCGCCAUCCCGUCCGUUGUUCUUGUCUGUACAUUGGAAAAUUAGAGUAUUAUAUUUUCUUUUAGAUGAAAUGAUUUAAUCUGCAACAUUCAUUUCUCUUGAGCAAAUUUCAGUGAAAUAUUUGUUUGAGAUAAAAUGCAACUUUUUCUUUU